ACAAUAAAUCACAUAUAAUGUUUGCAGUCAGUCCUGAUGAUGAAGAUGAUGAGAGAAGCGACUGUUCCUACGUGCAGGUCGGAGAUCAGUGUCUGUUUUUCAUCAACUUUCAAAACGACACUCGUGAUGAAGCACAGUCGUUGUGUCGUGGCCUCGGGGGUAACCUGGUCGCCAUUCACACUGCCACACAGAUGAAAAAUAUUUUGAAUUACAUUUUAAUGAAGGGAGACACCAGCUACACAUAUUGGAUGGAUGGCACCAGAGACAGCAGUAACGGAGUAUUCCGUUACUCUACAGGCGAGGAAGUUCCUAGUGGAACACCUUUCUGGUCCGCUACGCGGUCCAAGCACGAGCCUACUGGAGAUGGCUUCUGUAUCGAACUCUUUCGAGAUGAGAUGUAUUACAUGAACGACCACGACUGUGACAGACAAUGUUUUUCAGUUUGUGAAUUUAGUUCAUCCACAGUUUACGAAGUGCAGAAGGACCAGAAAGAAGUAGUGUGUGAGACUCCCUUCACUCCAGUAGGAGACAUGUGCCUCUCCCUCGUCACUCAUCAGGAGUCCACCUGGCAGGAGGCUGAGGUAGUGUGCAACCUCCUGGGAGGAGACUUGGCUAGCAUCAACGACAUGAGAACUUGAGAAGCAUUUAUCUUUAUUUGCACGGCGUA